AUGGCUCCGCCUCUGAACUUGCUCAUUCGCGCCCUCGUGGCCUUCGAGGACGUACUUAUUCGCCAGAUCCUCAGAAGUCCCGGCUUCCACCGCGGCGUCGGCCGGAUUCAUCGAUACGUCGACGAGAAGCGGAACGGGCCUAUGCCGCAUGAGCCGCUGCGGCAAGGACAGGCGACUGCGAACCCUGAAGACCGAGGGUUUUUGCAGUACUUCAUCGAGGAGUUGAAGAAUCAGUUUCGGGGCUCGUCGAACCCACCCCCGCCACCUGGACCGCCGAAGCGAUGA